AGGGGAGCGGCGAGAGCGGGCAUGGAGGGGCUGUACCAGCACACCAACAAGUGCGUGAGGGCAAAGGGGGCAUGGAGGGGCUGUACCAGCACACCAACAAGCAGGUCCACGAGGUGCAGUCGUACAUGGGGCGCCUGGAGACCUCAGACAAGGACUCAGUGCACUUGGUGGAAAACGAGAUCCAAGCAAGAAUAGACAACAUAUUCAGCAACUUGGAACGCCUGGAAAUCCUGUCCAGCAAAGAACCUCCCAACAAGAGGCAGAAUGCCAAGCUGAGGGUUGACCAGCUCAAGUACGACGUGCAGCACCUGCAGACGGCCCUGAGGAACUUCCAGCAGCGGCGCUACCUGCGGGAGCAGCAGGAGCGGCAGCGGGAGGAGCUGCUGGCCAGGACCUUCACCACCAACGACUCUGCCACCACCAUCCCGAUCGACGAAACCUUACAGUAUAACGAGUCCCUGCAGAGCGCCCACCGGGGCGUGGAUGAGCUCAUUGGCAGUGGCACCAACAUCCUGCAGGGCCUGAGGGACCAGAGAGUCACCCUAAAGGGUACCCACAAGAAGAUCCUGGAUGUUGCCAACAUGCUGGGCUUGUCCAACACGGUGAUGAGGCUGAUCGAGAAACGCGCCUUCCAGGACAAGUUCCUGAUGCUGGGGGGGAUGGCAGUGACCUGUGUCAUCAUGUUCCUCGUGGUGCAGUACCUCACAUGAGCUGCUGAGCCCCUGCCACAGGCCUUUGGAACAACGUGGACUGGACUUCCCUCUGGGUGCUGCUUUGGAUGAGCCCUUCCCACGGACUUUGGAGUUUACAAAUCCCACCUGGACACGUGGAGAGCACGUUGGGAACUGGAUGUGUCUGGGGACGCUGUCAUUGAGAGUGGCCCUGU